CUUCCGACCCCCGGCCGGCGUCAGACCAUCACGGCAGUCGACAUUCGGUAAGCGGUAUAGCACGACUGAAUCUCACAGUCCUCACCACUCGGCAGAACACGGCUCAAUCUCCGUCCAGCGGUCCUCCAGCCUCCAGAAAAAAACAGGGAUAAAAAAUUGGGACGUUGUCAACGGCGGCAGCGACUCUUCGUCUUGAACCUACAAGCUAAGCUGGUAGGUAGGGGAUUGGAUCGGCCCGGGAGAAUUUGUCACUUACACUUUUGGAAUACUCCCAUGUCAAUCAUGGCUGAUUCUCGAACCACAAGAGAGGUGGAGAAGGCCAUGAAGAAAAAGAAAAGGAAGAUGUCAAGCUCUCGAGAAGAGGUAGAGCAGCAAAGACCUGCAAAAACCGUUCGCUCCGAUUAUUGUGAGGAAGAGAAGUCAGAGCAACACAUAGAAGCAGCUGAAAAGCUUGAAGAUUGUCCUCCUUGGAGAAACCUUUCUUUGAUUUUGGUGCUUCAGAACAAAACUACCAAUGUUCACAAGAAGGUCGAGCUGGCCUUUAAUUAUGUCAAAUUGGGAGUUACUGAACGAGAUAACGACAGAGAAGAUUUAGAGACAGUUAGCAUCUCAAGAGUUGUAACGUUUCUCAAUGACUGGGUCCAGAGCUUGCUGAUUUCUUCAGAAAAGAGAAUUAGAACAGAACAAUGCAAGCCUCAUUCAGAGACCAUGGGCUCGUGUUUGGACAAUAGAUGCUGGGAGAUUUUAAAAUUUUGCUUAGAAAAGUCUCUGGUGCUACAUCUCUCAUUGAACAUUUCACGAGACAUCCUUCGGGUUGUUCACUGUAUAGUGAAACAUGUAACCUCCACACUGUUUGUUGAACCAGACAUGGAGACCACAUUAUUUGGCCUGUAUGGUACUGUUCUUGAUUGUUUGCAGUUGGUAUUUUCAUCUCAUGGUGGUGUUUCAAAUGAAAGCUUAGACUUAUGGAUUUUGGUAACUGGAGCGGUAUUGGAACUUGUCCAAAAGACGCUUGAUCACAAUAAAGAUGGUAAUAAGGUGGCUUUAUUUUCCCUUCAGUUAUCACUUAGUGUACUUGAACCAUUCGGAAAGUUCUUGAAGAUUCAUCCAAUUCGAAAAAAUGUUUACCAUGAGUUUUUGGAUAAGCUCCUUGAUCCUCUAUUGCAUUUGUUGAAUGUGUUAUCUUGUUAUGUUCAUGGACGUGACUCUGUCCUGUUGGAUAAUAUAUUGCAAGUUAUUAAGGAUAUAUUGUCCCAUGGGCUGUUCCACUCAGUUCAUAUUGAUGGUUUUAUGAACUUGCAAGUUGGGAAACAUGCGAUUUCCGGUGAUGAACUUGUAAAAGAUGCCAAAGUUAUUAUUAAAAGUUAUCAUAGGCAUCUCUUUGACAAGUUAGAAAUGUUUUUGUUGCAGAAGCGUUAUUUAACAUUAGGUGGUGUAGGGGAGUUGUUUCAUUUAUUUAUCAACUGUGUUAAAAAUCUGGAAAGCACGUCAGCUUCUGGAGGGUUUUUACAAUUGAAGGAAGAUUCUCCUAGUGACGUGUCUAAAUUACAUUCCAACAACAAGGGUUACAGUUUGAUUGCCGAAACCCGCAAAUCAGUAUUCAACUUUUUUGCACAGAUUUUGGAACCUUAUUUGCUUGAGUUUAACAGUUAUCUUAAAGAUGAAGUGGAAGCAGGAUAUAACUUGCCGGAGAUUCAGGCUACACUCAGAACUACCAGUAAUGUGCUUCAUACAUUUGUGCAAGAAAAUGUAUAUAUACGGGUAGAGGAGGAUUCUGAUGGAGCUUCACUGAAUUUUCUAAAGGUUAUUUAUGAUAUUGUACUUUCCUUGUCAGGUAGAGUGAAUAAUAUCUCUCCAUUAGCUCUCUGUUCAAGUCGAACAAGAGAAGUGGAAAUGCUACUUUUGAUAGCCAAAGAGCUCAUUAUCAUUUUGCAGUAUUUAGUCAAAAUUGACUAUGAGGUUAUCAGGAAUGAUUUGGAAAACUUAUGGAUGAUAAUAUUUUCGUUUGCUGCUCUUGCUCUCUCAUCAUCACAAACACCAGAGGAACACACAUUAACUACCCAUAUCAUUCAUCUUGGAUGCCAGCUUGUUAAUCUUUAUAGUGAUCUUCGACAGGUCAACAAUGCUAUUUUAGCUAUGUGUAAAGCUGCAAGGACACUGAUUUUGCCAAAUAAUUUUGGAGAAAGGACUGACUCAAACGAGUAUGUAAUAAAAUCACCUGCAUUAGGUUGCGAUGUAUAUGGAAAGUCAAUUAGGAUUUUGUUAACUUCGAGUGAGUUUAGGCUUGCUAUACACAAAGCUAUAGUCUCAACACCUGAAGGGCAAGCCAGCAGCUGCAUCCGUAUUUUGGAAACAGAUAUUUUCGAAUCUCUGCAAUGGUUAAAACUUGGGGUUGCCAAGCUAGACGCGCAAGCAGAACUUCUAGGAACAGCCAUAUGUGAUUUAUAUGUGUUGGUUUUCGAUUCCCUUACCGUUACAAGUGGUAACAGUAAGAUGAUUGGUCUUUCUGUCAACAAUCUUAUAAAAUUGUUGUGCCCUUUUAUUACUGGACUUGUACAAGUAAAUCCAGGCAGCUGUAAAGAGCUCCUCCGCUUAGUUGUAGGUGAAGAUUGGGGCAAUACAGACAAUCAAAGUAAUUUGUCAUCUUGUUAUUGGCUUGUCCUAUUAUUCUUUCGGUUAUACAUGUCUUGUAGAUACAUAUACAGACAAGUGAUCAGCUUUGCUCCUCCAAAAACAUCAAUAAAGAUGUCAGAGGAGAUGGGUGACUUAGUUACUGCCUACUCCGGGAAAGACCUGUUGGAAAGAACUGACUGGACUUGUGGAGGAUAUUUUUCUUGGGCUGGCCUUCCUUCAGCUUCUCUUUUGAGAAUUAUGCAAUCACUUUCAUCCACUUAUAUUAGUAACAAAGCUAAUGAAGAAGCUCCUCUGAUUUAUGUAAUGAACAUGGCCGCUAUUCAGAGGCUUGUGGAGUUGAAUAGGUUGAUGAAGUCUUCUGAGUAUGUUUCACAAUGGAUUAAAUCUUCUCGUCGAAACAAGGUUAAGGAUGAAAGUACUUGUCCUGUUAAGAGUAAAGGAAGCAAAAAAUUGAAGAAGCACGCCCUAGGUUUUAAGCAAGAAGCAGAAGAUCUAACCAACUUUAUAAUGGGACACCUAUCUUUACUUGUUAAAGACCAAGACUCCAUAUCAUCAUAUAUUGCUGCUACUUCUAAUACCAGUAAUGCUCAGUCUCUGCAUCAAUAUGAUGAGAGGAAUUCUGGUAUUGGUGUUUUAGGUAAGAGGUCAUUGCCUUAUGCACUUUGGAAGCUUUUUUCCCAAAGUCUUGAUAUUUGGUGUGGCCAUGCUUCAAAGAAGCAUUUAAAGAAGUUCCUUUCGCUUUUAAUUGAUCAUUCUGUUUCCUCUUUGAGAAGCGAGCCAGACGACUUUGGAAGGAAGUGCUCUGAUGAACCUGGUCAUCACAGGAGAAUUCUAGGUUAUCUUGACUCACUGGGUUUUCUCAAUGAUACUAUUUUUUAUGAGCAAAGAUUUGUUUGCAGGCACAUGGCAUCAAGGUUUUCUUCAUUGUUGGAGAACUCUGCCAGGGCAAUAUUUAGUAGCUCUGUAGAUGUUGAUUUGAUGUUGCCACUUGACUGUUCUGCGUUUAUGAGCAUAGUUGGAGAACCUCUCAGUGUUUGUGUUGUUGAAUGUUCUAAGUCAUUAAAAAAUACAGGAGAGAGUGAAGAAAGCACUUCGUCUCUGAAAAUGGAGUUUACAGUUUGUGAAGGCUUACUCAAUUUCCUGUAUUGGAAGCCAAAAGAUUAUAUGGAUUCUAAAUCAUUGUCACUUUACACAACAUGUAUCUUCAAUCUUGAAAGGAUCAUAGUCCAGAAUUUAUUACGACGUGGAGGCGUUUUAUGCUUGCAAAAUCAAUAUAAGCUAUUAAGGUUGCUACUUUCCUGCCGUCGAGCGAAUAAGAGUUUUCUUGAGUCUGGUUCGUCUAUCAUUACUACAAUUUUUUACCAGAGCUCAUUUCCUGCUUUGUGGCUUUCAAAAUCUUUGUCUACCUUGAUUAAGUCUCUGCAUUCAUUAUCUGACAAUGGACCUUCCCAGAUGAAAGAAGUCAUAUUUUCUUUGAUGGAUCAUACAUCAUAUACAUUUCUAGCAUUAAGUAAAUAUCAUAUUUUAAGUGCAAACAAACAUAUGAACGAGGAGUCUUCUGAAGGACAAGAUAUUCCAGGAUGCUCUGAUGAUGAUGGUAACAUGGAUGAUUCUGAUGCCUGGAAAAUUAUUGGCCAAGUGGCUGAGACUUUGACUGAACAGUUGAAGAACUCACUACUCUGUUUAAGUAGCAGCCUCCAAAACGAAAAUUUGGGAUCUUCUGCCAGCACUCGAGAGUUCAAUAAUUUAAGUUCUACUAUUUCUUGCUGUUAUGGUUUCCUAUGGGGUUUCUCAUCCAGCCUGGAUAAUGUAGAUUUUAGUCGAUCCAAGAGUGAGGUUAUAGGGAAAAUCAAAUAUUGCAUAAAUGUGUUGUCAGGUGGUUUAGAUUAUGUUCUACGUGUUUUAUUCGUUGAGGACAGUCAGAUGCCUAGUGGUGCAGAUGGGGAUCUGACUCUUCCCGUCUUCCAUGACAUUGAUGGUUGCUUGAAGAUCCAAGGUCCAUUAUGCAAAGACAACGAGAUUGGAGAUUGCUCUGAUAAGUCUAUUGGAAAAAAGAAAUCCUCGAUAGAUAUACCUGAUAGCAUGAACACAAUUCUUACUAAGUACUAUCCAUUUAAGCUAUGCAGUUUAAAGAACACUUUCUUGAAGGUCUUUCUCAAGGGGAAAAACUUGGAGGUUGCAUUUUUUCUCAGGCAGAUAUUUAUUGUUUCUGCAGCUCUGCUGAGGCUGAAUUUAAAUAUCAAAACAGAUUUACCAUCCAGCUCAGUGUCAAUUCUUAUUGACUUCUCUCUAGUUUUGUUCCAAGAGUUUGUGAAUGAAGUUGAAGUUCCUCACCCACUUUCUUUUGUUUGGUUGGAUGGGGUGGUUAUGUUCCUAGAAGAGCUAGGGAAUCAUUUUCCUCGUACCGAUUCAAUUAUGUCAAGAGAUUUGUAUGCCAAGCUCAUAGACUUACACUUGCAAGGUAUAGGAAGGUGCAUUGCUUUACAGGGAAAAAGAGCUACUUUAGCAGUUCAUGAGAUGGAGUCCAGCACUAAGACAAUAAGUGGGCAUUCGAGAUUAGGCGAACCUUACCUUUCAUAUGGAUCUUGUUAUCUUGAUGAAUUCAAGUGCAGGUUGAGAAUGUCAUUCAAAGCAUUUAUGAAAAAAUCACCAGAGUUACAUACAUUAUCUGCAAUUCAGGCGUUAGAGAGAGCACUUGUUGGCGCCCACCAAAGUACCAUAUCCUAUGAGGUAUGUACUGGUUGUACAAAUGGAGGCACAGUCUCUCCCAUAGUUGCUGCUGCUAUUGAAUGCCUAGAUUUAGUCCUCGAGUUUGUUACAGGGCGGAAGCGUUUGAGUAUUAUCAAAAGACACAUACAGAAAUUUGUUUCUUGCUUGUCCAACAUUAUCUUGCACUUGCAAUGCCCUCAAAUCUUCUAUGGAAAAGUUAUCAUCAGUCAAGGCCCAGUUCAUCCUGAUUCAGGAGCAGCUAUUCUAAUGUGCAUAGAGGUUAUGACUAGGGUUCUCGGGAGGCAUUCCUUAUACCAAUUGGACCCUUAUCAUGUUGUGCUUUCCUUGCGAAUACCUGGAUCAGUAUUUAAACACUUCUUACAGACCAAAGACGAAAUGCAUGCUGUAGACAGGCGAUUAUCCAUAGAUCUAUUUGCUGCUUGUUGUCGAUUACUAUGUACAGUUGUUAAACAUCGCACAAGUGACAUUGUGCACAAUGUAGCUUUAGUAGGAGAUUCUGUUUCCAUUCUUUUGCAUUGUUUGGAGAUACCUGAUGGAAAAGGAUGCUUUGCGUGGGAACUUCAAGAGGGGGUGAAAUGUGCUUAUUUUCUCCGAAGAAUAUACGAAGAGAUACGCCAGCAGAAGGAUGCGUUUGGUGGACAAUGUUCUUUGUUCCUAUCAAUUUACAUCAGGACCUAUUCAGGAUAUGGGCCCCUUAAAAUGGGCAUAAAAAGGGAAAUAGAUGAAGCAAUGAGACCAGGUAUAUAUGCUUUAAUAGAUGCUUGUUCAGAAGAUGAUCUUCAGUAUCUACACACCAUAUUUGGAGAGGGACCUUGCAGAAAUACUUUGGCAGCUUUGCAACACGACUAUAAAACCAACUUCCAAUACGAAGGAAAAGUCUGAGAAAACGUUCUUCCUGGUCAGUUUUCUAUAUCUUGUUCUAAUAUCAUUAUUUGAUCUUCUUUUUUCUUCUGAGGCCAAGAAAAUAUAGAACUAUUCCUUGUUUUAGAUCACCUGUAACAUGUAGUUGUACAUUAACAUGAAAUUUUGUUUAAGCUUACAGCCUUUUUUGUUGAUUCUUUUUGUUCAUUUGAAACAACUUUUU